UGCACAGGAUGUGCCCGGGUGUCACGGUGUCACAGGCAGGUGGCUCUCUCAGCCCUGCAAUUGGCCGUCCCUGCUCAAAACAGGAACAGUGGGGACAGCACCGCCCAGGACAGUGACGCACAGACCCUGAACAGAAACUCACACCUGCGGCCCGGCCAGCACCUCAGCCUCCGGGCCCCCAGGUAUGUGUCCCCAGGAUGUGUCCCCAGGAGCCCCGGCCCGGCCACCAGAGACAGGCAGGGCUGUUGGGCUUGUGGGGGCACAGCCUGCACCGCACACGAGAGGCCGGGGCUGUGCGGCUCUGAGAGGGUUCGAAAUCUUAAAAACAGCUCUGCAGGGCCAGGGCACCAAGGUGGGCAGAGGCAAGACAGUGACUGGCAGGGGCAGGGAAUCAGGCCGGGUGACUACUAGUUACCCACCACUAACUAGCGACCUAUUGCUAGUUACCUGUUACUAGUUAUCGGUACUAGUUACCCACCACUAGUUACUACUAGUUAUCCAUCUAGUUAGCCACUGCUCGUUCCCCGUUACUAUUUACCCAUUGCUGGCUGUGUACCCUCCUACCUUCCUCUGAGUCCAGCCAAGCCCAGGAAUCCAGGAACAGGGUGGGACCCCAGCCUGGGCCCCUGUCCCAACAAGCCCCCUUCUGGUGGGGACAGCAGAGAAAGACAAGCAUUUCCAUGGGGUCACAGCUGGGCCAGAGGGAGCAACCCUGGGGACAGUGAGGGAUGGGGGCGUGCCGGGGCUUUGUCUAGGGAGAGGCAGGGAGGCUACCUGGAGGAAGGGGGCAUAUGUACUGGGUUUUGAAGGAUCUGUAGGAGUUUUCUAAGGUGGGAAAAAGAAUAAGCUUAGAAACAAGCCAAGCCAGUCGUGACUAGGAUUCCUAUAAACUGAACAGUCAAACAUGGAUAGAGAAAAGUGUGUCACUGAGUGCCAGGUAUACGGUCUGAGAAAAGUCACCAGGCGACUCUGUCACCAUGUCAGUGUGGUAGUGGGCAUUUGCACACACUGAGGUGUGCCGGCCAGCUCUAAGUUGCAGUUGCUGCGAGGCUCCGGACCUGCCCAGUGUGUCGCUGCCUUAGGCCCUGUGCUGUCACUCUGCAGUAAGCGCUGGCCCUGGGUCUAUCCCCAGCACCCACUGCCAAACAAUGGAAACAGACCCUUCCGGGUGACGUGACUGUGCCCAAACCACAGCCGGACUCCAGGCAUCAGGCCAGGUCCUGGGCCGGGGUGGUGGGGACAGUGCCUGGUGGUGUCGGGGGGUAGGUCCUGCUGGCCCCGGAGACCCCGUGUGAAGCUCUGGGAGAAAGUGGCUGGGUGGGGCCGGGCACAGCCCCUGUGGGAACAGAGCCAAGGGUGGCACUGGGCCCUCCAGGCACCGUCUUGUGGUCGGGUUGGCACCACCUCAGCACUGCUCGCCGUUAGGGUGGUUUCUUGUCCCCAGCUCCCCACCACUGGUCACACUGCCCAGCCUCAGCUGGAGCUGAAAGCUGUCCUGGAGGAAGCUGAGCCAGUGGCCACGCCCGUCAUUCCAGCACUCUGGGAGGCUGAGGCAGGAGGAUGCAAGCUGCAGUCCAGCCCGGGUGCCCUCGCUCCCUGGAACCCAUGGCAGGGGCUGAGAGGCUGCCCCCGCCACUGCCCCCUCGCCUGCACUGGUUCGUGCACACUCAGAUGGCCCAGCUGGCCCAGGGUGGCGUCCCGGAGUGGUUCCAUGGCGCCAUCUCCCGAGGGGACGCCGAGGACUUGCUGGAGUCGCAGCCCCCGGGACGCUUCCUCGUGCGGGUCAGCCACAGCCACGUGGGCUACACGCUGUCCUACAGGUGGGGCUGGGCCGGCGGGGUACCAGGGCGCUUGGGGCCAGGCUGCGGCGGCCGGGCUCCACCGAUCCAGGUGGCGGACGUGAGGCCCUCAGCAGACUCCUGCUGUCAAGCCGAGCCUCUGUGGAGCACCCGCCGGACACGCAGCACACAGCCUAGGCUGGGCCCCAGAAAAUCUUCCCAACCUUCCUCCACCCCACCUCUGGUGCUCAUCUCCCGGAGCCAGGCUGAGCCCAUCGCCCUCCGAGGACAGGAAAAGGUGCUGCUCGGGGACGACACGACCCACGCCUCGCUGUGCGCCCUGGUGGCCUUCUACCAGCGCAGGCCACUGCGGCCAUACGGGCAGCUGCUCACGCAGGGCUGCGGGCAGAAGGACCCGGCCAACCUGGACUACGAGGACCUCCUGCUCUGCACCCUGGCCCAGGAGACCGCCAGCCCAGAGUCCAGGCCUGAAGAGCAUGAGGGGCCCUGCUGGAGCCCUAAGGGCUGUAUCAGCUCUGGGGCGUCUGCUUUGGGUUUCCGGCUUUGGUCGGGCUGGGACGGACCAGGGCGGCGUCCAGCCACCGCGCCGGGCGAGGCUGACCUGGGGAGACGCUGCCACAGUGCAGGAGGCGACAGACUGAGCAGGGGACAGCUGUCACCCGUGCCUCCGUUUCAGGGUCCUCCAAAGCCCAUCCUGCUCCAGCAGCUGAAGGAAAAGGAGGUAUCUGCAGAGGAAGUCAGCUCCUCCUGCUCCCCGAAGGUGCCCUUGGCGGGGGCUGGCCAAAAACUCUGGAAGAACCUCAGGGCGCUGCCCGAGAUGGGCCGGAGGGUCCAGCAGCAGCUCAAAGGCCGCCUCGCAGCUGCGAGCCUGGCAUCGCUCUGGGAUGCCCAGCCAUUGGUGACCACGCACAGCUCCGGGGCCAGGGGCCCUGGCCUGGCCACAUCCCUGGAAAAGCCCCCACAGUGCCCGGUCCCGAGGGACAGGGGCACCGCCUCCAGGAAGGCCACCAGAUCUAGCAGCUGGAAUGGGGCGACCCCCAGGGACCGGGGCUGGCGCCAGAAGGUCACGAGGGCCCUGUCCUUCCAGCCCCCCGAGGCGAAGCCCAGGGACCAGCUCCCUGAGGAGUACCUGCAGCCGCCACCCUUUGCCCCUGGGUACUGCUAGGGGCUCACCCAGCCAGGACCCAGGGGUGGGGCCGCCCACCAUCAGCGUCACACGACGGGGGCUGCUCCAGCCCAGCCCGGCCCAGCCAGACCUUCCUUCUAGGCCGCGAUUGCCCUUGGUACCCACAGUUCUUAGGUUCCACCUCCCUGCACAGAAAACGGCCUCUUCCAAACCGUGCACAGGCUGGGCCUAGUGGACUGCGCCUACCGUCCUUGUGCUCCAGACAGGAGAAUCUCCCAGGGUUCGAGGCCAGCCUCAACUACACAGCCAGACCCUGCCUCAGAAAACCAAAGAAUAAAACUAAAACGUGUCCAUAUGUAGAAGUGUGCAGACUCAGCUUGUCAGGGUCCCAGCCAAGACCGUGCAGCCGCUGGCACAGCGGGGACUUCAGGCGUGGAGGCGGCGUGUGGGGCCCAUGUACGGGGUGAGUGUGAUGCUCCCUGGGCCCGACCCUGCGGAUGUCGGGGGCGACUUCUGCUGCCCUGAGCAAACCCACCAGGGCUCAUCCUCCGGGAGCCCAAGCUGAGGCUGAAGCUGGGGAAAGCGUGGCCACAGCACAGGACCAUGGUGGCCUCUCAGACUCAGAGCCAG